AUGAAUUUCCUGCGUAACCGUUUGGUGGUCCUGGGCAUGGUGUUGUUGGCCACCUUACUACUUUACUUGCUACUUCCGGCCAUACGUCAAGGCAGCAUGGAACCAUCCCUCAACGUACAAAGACUUUUGGCCACUUCCCCACCUCCGCUUCCCAAUGUCAAUGUUUCAGUUCGCACAGGACAGCUGCCCGGGGACCCACCGCUCUUUUUCCGAGAAGCUUUACCAAUUGACAGAGCUGGACGCCAGAUUCUCCCCAGGUUGCAAGUGGUGCUUCUGCAUGGCCAGGCCUUCACAUCGAAAACCUGGGAAGAACUUGGUACCAUGGCCCUUCUUGCGACAAAUGGAUACCAGGCCCUAGCCAUGGACCUACCGGGUUAUGGCAAGUCACCGGAAUCUGAGGCGGUGAAGACAGAUCAGAGUCGAGUGGACCUGCUUUCCAGGUUUAUGGAGUCAUUGGGUGUGAGGGCCCCAGUGCUUGUGAGCCCUUCCAUGAGCGGGCAUUACUCCAUCCCAUUCCUCAUGAAGAACAGCGCACAACUGCGAGGCUUUGUCCCAAUAGCACCCGUUGGUACCCGCAGUUACACUCCACAACAGUAUCAGAAUAUCCAGACUCCAACUCUCAUUGUGUUCGGGUCCCUCGAUACUAAUCUGGGCGCCCAGUCCCACAAGAACCUAGCCCAGCUUCCUCAUCACACUGUGCUUAAAUUGGAAGGCGCUCGCCACGCAUGCUACAUGGACAAACCCGGAGCCUUUCACCAAGGCCUCAUCGACUUUCUCGGCAAACUCAAGUGA